AUGGCAUCUGCUUCCGCAGACCACGCCGUGCACCACAACAAUGAUGUGGACUACGUCAUCCGCUAUCGAUUUGGCGAUGCUGAUACAUCGGAGGCAGGGAAGCAGUUGGAAUUGCUGCUCCGUACGCUGGUUGAGAUAGGAUUACAGACCGAGGUGCGUCAGGGGGAUGAAUCGACUUUGUUGGUGUUUGUGCGGGCGACGAAGAAGAGCGUCAAGCGUGGGGUUUAUCAUUCUCGUGUCCGCGACUGGCUCCAUGGCGUCCGCAACACCGAACCCGAAUCAGCUUCCACCGCAGAAGCCCAGACAGAAGCCGAGCGCCUUCGCGUAAUCUACCAUAUGAUCACAGUGCCAAAGGAAGAAGGUGGUGCAGGAAUUUCUCCGGGUCAUGGCGAGUGGAAGCACAUCGAUGCGAUUUUCUCGUUGCACGACGAACAGACCAAUAAUCGGUGUAUGAGGGAAUGGAGCAGGAAGACGUUCUUGUCUCCAGAAGAUCUGGAUCAGAUUCGCGGUCAGCUUGGUGAAAGUGUGGCUCUAUACUUUGCAUUUCUGCAAUCGUACUUUCGAUUCCUGGUUUUUCCAGCCUUGUUCGGAUUCUCUUGCUGGUUGCUGCUUGGAUCAUUCUCGAUUAUCUACACUGUCAUCAACUCACUGUGGUGUAUCGUUUUUAUUGAAUACUGGAAGCGCCAGGAGGUCGACCUUAGUUGUCGUUGGCAGACCAAGGGCGUCUCUGUCGUGCGGACGAAGAGACGAGAGUUCAUGGCUGAAAAGGAAGUUCGCGAUGAGGGAACGGGUGAGGUUCGGGGCGUGUUUCCGGCUCAGAAGCGGAUGUGUCGCCAGCUGCUCCAGAUCCCGUUCGCUUUGCUGUCCGCUGUUGCUCUGGGAGUGAUCAUCGCUACGUGUUUUGCGAUUGAAAUAUUCAUCUCGGAGGUGUAUAACGGACCUCUCAAGACGUACUUGGUUUUUAUUCCCACUAUUCUGCUUUCUUCGCUCGUGCCAACCAUGAGUGCGGUUCUAACGGCCGUCGCUACGAAACUUAAUGACUACGAGAACUACGAGACCAAGGAUACAUAUGAUAUCGCCCUGACACAGAAGAUUUUCGUCAUUAAUUUCAUCACGUCUUACCUCCCCGUUUUUCUCACCGCGUUUGUCUACGUGCCCUUCGCCAGCCUCAUUGUCCCCUACCUCGAUAUCUUCCAAGUGACUGUUCGUCCGUUUGUGUCCAAGGAACACGCAACGACGGCUCGUACUGCCAAUUUCAGCAUUGAUCCCGACCGUCUACGUAAACAAGUGAUCUAUUUCACCGUUACUGCGCAGAUUGUGGGCUUUGCCAUGGAGACGAUCGUCCCGUACCUCAAGCAGAACCUUUUGCGCAAGUACAAGGAAUAUCAGAAGAAACAGGGCAAAAUUGAUGCCACCGGAAGCGACUCAGAAAGCGAGAAUGACCAAUCUGUCUCUUUCGACGACCCUGUGGACGAGGUCAAAUUCCUCACCCGAGCUCGCAACGAAGCUGAACUCUCGGAUUACGACGUAACCGAUGACUUGCGUGAGAUGUGCAUCCAGUUUGGUUAUCUGGCUCUCUUUUCCCCCGUCUGGCCACUUGUUCCUGUCUCCUUCCUGGCCAACAAUUGGGUCGAGCUUCGUUCGGAUUUCUUCAAGAUCUGCAUGGAAUGUCGUCGGCCUCUGCCAUUGCGCGCGGACACCAUCGGGCCCUGGCUCGAGAGCCUGGGCUUCUUGUCGUGGGUUGGCAGUAUCACAAGCUCUGCCCUCAUCUACAUGUUCAGCAACGGCCACCCAGGUCCGAACGGCGAACCAUCUGUCAUCAAGGGCUGGGCGCUUUUGCUGACAAUAUUCUUCUCCGAACACCUUUAUCUCAUCGUGCGGUAUGCUGUUCGCGCAGCCAUGGAUAAACUAGAACUGCCAAACUCCCGCCAGGACCGCACGAACCAUUACCUCAUGCGCAAACGCUACCUGGAGUCGACGCUGCGCACUGACGUGGUGGGCGAUGAACCUGAUGACGAGAUAGAUAUCCGGGGUUCUGAGCUUGACGAGAUCAGUGUCAAGACGUUGGAAGAUGAUGCUCGGAAGUCGAGUCUGCAUGAGACGGAUCCGGCCGAUCGAUUCUGGAGACGGCAGAAGGGAUGGUUGGAGUCUGCGCGGGUUGGUCAGAGCAUUAUCCAGGCACAGGUUGGGAAGGAGGGUAAGAAACAACAGUGA